GAGGAGAUGAGCAAAAUUCUGAUUUCUGCUACUGCUUCUGGUCCGUGGAGCAGGAGAUGAGGAAUAGAAGGAGGGCAGCGAAGGAGAAGAAGUUCGACUUUGCUGCUUCUAUUGAGUGAAUGACGAGGAAGAUUCUGAUUUCCGUUGGUGCUUCUGUUCGGUGGAGCAGAGAGAAGAAGGGCACUGACAGAGGGGAUGAGGAAGAGAAGGAAGGCAACGAUGGAGGAGAUGAUGAGGUAGAUGGUGAAGAUCGACGGAAGAGAAGAAGUGCAGUGAUAGAGGAGAAGAUCAGCGGACGAACGGUGGAAGAGAAAUCGACGAACGAUCGGCAAAGAAAAGAUCGGCGGAUGAUCGGCGGAAGACCCUUCUGCAGUUCUGUUGGUACUUGGAUGAAGUUGAAGCAAACAAAGGUGGAUUGCAAGUAUUUAAAGAGGUGCUGCGAGAAUUUAACGGAGGAAAAAAGGCUGUUGCAGAAGGAGGUGCAGCAGCUUCGAGCACUGAAACUCUCUUCGCAGCUCUACAUAAACAUGAAUCCUUCCACCACCCUCACCAUGUGCCGUUCCUAUGAAAGCAUAGCAGUUCAAUCCUCGUCUUCUAAUUCUACGACUGCUUCAUCCACUUCAGCUCCCAACCACCAACAAAGGCUGAUACCCUUUAGUCCUUGGGCUAGUUUGACAAUUGGCCACCAUCGACUGCUUGAUGCUCCGGCAUCUAGAUCGUAACCGUCAAUGGGAUGAUGGGGUUGGGGACAUUGAUGUUUUGGAAGCUUGUGUAUGAAUAUGUUUGGAGGAAAUUAAUGAUAAUCAAUGAAUUUGUGGUGG